AUGCAUGUCUUGGACCCUCUCGGAACCGGAAGCGCCCGAGGGCAGGCAAAGCACGCACGUGAAAGGCAGGAUGAAUUGUCUACGGUUCGCUUUGGUAAUUCAUACGUGACCGAUAGCAAAAGCUCAGGGCUCAGGUCGGGUCAGGUUGAUAGGUCGGCUCUCCAUUUCUGUGAUCACGCGCUCGUCACUUCGAAACACACAACACGCCAGCCAGAAGGCAAGAACAAAUGCCGCUGCGCGGUUGUCCUUCUUUCGCGGCCCUUCGAAAGCGCAUCGGUUUCAACGUACCCGACGCCAGCCCGAUUCGCGGGCCACGGGAAGAAAGAGAGAGAGAGACAAAGGCAGAGAGAAGGGCCUACCCUUACCCGGACAUCGUCCGGAAAACGGACGCCUGAAGGAUUCAAAGAGGCAAAACCACGCCAAGGUCGGACCGUCCGUCGGGCUGGGGGCCAUCUAUUCCUGGAUGUCGUAGGCGCGGCUGUUCCCUUUGGUUGGGGGUCCUGUCUCUUGAGGCCCAGACAAUAUGGGAGAGGCCUAGUAUCUGUUAGGGCAUUGUCACGAAGUCGUGGGCAAUGGGACGGUCUCUUUUCGCUCUCUCUCGCUUUCUUCUCGGACCUCGGGAAGAACAUUCGAAGCAAAGUUCAGAUGGGCGCCUAG